AUGCAAGGGGAAGGCCCAACUUGGAAGAAGGACGCCGGCCCAAUUUCCAACUACUUCUCUUCGGUGAAUCGUAACAAGAAGUCGGUUACGCUAGAUAUCAAGAAGCCUAAAGGCAAAGAAAUCCUCAAGGCACUCGCAAAGAAAGCAGACAUACUGACUGAUUCAAGUGUCGAGAAUUUCAAGCCGGGAACUAUGGACCGUUUAGGCCUUGGUUAUAACUGCCUAAAAGAGCUGAAUCCGGGGCUCAUAUAUGCGAGCAUUUCCGGAUACGGAACCAGCGGACCCUACGCGAAAAGAGGAGGUUACGAUCCCAUUGCCGGUGCAGAAGCUGGCCUGCUUCACGUGACAGGCGAACGGAAUGGUCCCCCCGUACGACCCGGCAUCGGAAUGGUGGACAUGUCGACAGGUCUAUACCUUCACGGAGCUAUUCUGGCUGCAUUACAUGCUCGCAGUCGCAGAGGAGUUGGCCAGCGGGUAGACGCAUCUUUGUUCGAGACACAAGUCAGCCUAUUGACCAACGUUGGUCUAGCAUGGCUCAAUCUAGGCAUUGAAGCCCAACGCUGGGGCUGUCAACACCCAAGUAUUGCGCCGUACGAUGCGUUCAAGACAAAGGACAGGUAUCUGGUGUGUGGAGCCACCAACGAUGCUCAGUUUGCAGGCCUUUGUAAGCUUCUAGGCUUGGAAGCUCUUAUCACGGAUGAACGCUUUGCAACCAACCCAAAACGAGUUGAGAAUCGGGAGCUUCUUGGUCCAAUAUUCAACGCAGCUUUCAGCAAAAAGACGGCGGAUGAAUGGACUGAGCUGUUUGAGCAGACUAGUCUACCAUUUGGUCCGAUCAACAAUAUGCAGAGCACAUUUGCUCACCCACAGACUCAGGCACGGGGCAUGAUCGCCGAGAUGGAAACGGACACUGCCGAGUCGGGCCAGAUUCGAGUCAUUGGACCAGCUGUCAAGUUUAGCAAGACAGUGACGAGCCUGAGAAGCCCCCCUCCUAGGCUGGGACAACAUACGGCCGAGGUGCUGGCCGGUAUCGGCAUCGAUGCCCAGGGAGUAGAUGAGCUCAGACAAAACGGUGUGGUAUAA